UUAUAAACACUAUGUUUUUUUAUAAUUAUAAAAAAAAAUAAAACAUAGUUCGUUGGAAAAAUUAACGAUCAGUUCUUAAUAUGCUGUUCAAAUAAAUAGACAUAAGAAAUUUUAUAGUCGCAUUGUAAUUGAAAGUGAUACUUAAUAUAUAUAUAUAUAAGGAAUAUUUUAAUUGUAGAAAGAUUCUCAAAAUAAUGGGGAAAUUGGAAAGUACAGUUCCAGGAUUGGAAUAUCCUUCAGGUCGUGAUCUUUAUUUAAAAUCUGGCCAUGGAUUUUUAGAGGGACGAAAAAUUGAUGAUGGAGCUGAGGGUCUUUGGCGUAUUAGAAAUGGUUUAUAUGACCUUGAAAAUUGGUUACAUAAACAUCCAGGUGGCGCUGAAUGGCUCACUUUAACGAAAGGGACCGAUAUUACUGAGGCCUUUGAGUGUCAUCAUCUCACAGACAGAGCAGAAAAUUUAUUACCAAAAUUUUACAUUCGUGAUGCAAAACAACCACGUAAAAUACCAUUUACAUUCAUGCCAAAUGGAUUUUAUCAAACAUUUAAAAAACGUGCAUUAUUGGCCCUAAAAAAUGUCAAUUUUCAUCAUCCAGCUAGAAGUACAAAUUUAAUUGCCGAUUUUCUUGUUUCAUCGGCAAUUUUCUUUUCACUGAUGGCAACAAAAUUCUGGCUCGCAAUAAUUCCUGCAGCUCUAUUUUUAACAUGGAGCUGUGUAAUUGGUCACAAUUAUCUUCACAUGAGAGAUACUUUUCGAAUGUUUUACAUGGACUUGAGUUUUUUUUCAACAAGAGAAUGGCGAAUUACUCAUGUCCUAAGUCAUCAUUUAUAUCCAAAUACAAUAUGGGACGUUGAGGUUUAUGCACUUGAACCAUUCUUUCAAUGGUUGCCAAAUAAAAAAAAAUCAUUUCUCAAGAAAAGUUUAUCUGUUCUAAUAACGCCAGGGGUUUAUGCUCUGGCAUUAUUUGGUCAGACAAUAAAAAGAUAUUAUCUGGUUUUUCGUGUUUGGAAACAGUUCGAUAUUAGAGAUAUUAUUCCCUUUAGUUUACCUCUAUUGAUGUCUAUUGUAGCACCAAAUUUUUCAACUGCAGUCAAAACGUGGAUAAUUAUUAUAUUUUUUACAAGUUUAUUUUUUCAUUUUAUUGGUUUUAAUGCAGCGCAUCAUCAUCCUGAUAUAUUUCAUGAUGGAGACAUUGCAAGAAAAGAUCAAGAUUGGGGUCUAUUGGAAUUGGAUGCUGUACGUGGCAGGGAAAUUGUAGACGAUUCAUUAUUUUUGGCUUUAACAAAUUUUGGAUCACAUACACUUCAUCAUUUACUGCCAACUGUUGAUCAUGCAUAUUUACCUCUAUGUUUGGAUGCUUAUUAUGAAACUUGCAAAGAGUUUCGUUUAAAACCCGAUGACAAGAUGACCUACUGGCAACAUGUCAAGGGUCAAUUUCAACAACUCACUCGCAUUGAAUCCAAAUAUAAUUCGAGAUAAGAAUAUUUUUGUUUAUUUAUUUUAUGAAAAAUAAAUCUGAAUUUUUUUUUUUUUUAUAGAAGAGAAGAGAAAAAAAGUAAUUAAGAAAUUUUGUUUGUUAAUAAAUUCCUAGAAGGACUUAUUGAUAUAAUAUAGAAAUGUUUUUCGUGGAAUUUAUUAUAUUUUGUGUGAAUAAAAAAGAAUUUUAUUUUUCUAA